GUGAUCCAUGUGAUUUACCUCAUUACAAGGCAUUGCGGAAUCCUGCUGUGCCGUUGCCUAGUCGUCAGUCAGAUACAUUCUUAAAUGUUCGUGAUCGUCUGUUUUAUUGUGGACGCGUAUUUAAUAUGAAGGGGUCAUUCGAUUUGGAGAAACGUUGCUUCAUGAUUAGCAAAUUACCUGACAGAAUAUGGAUCGACAUGGGACCAUUUGUUGAACAGAUUAUAGCGUACACAAAUCCACUUGGCAUAUUGUUCGGUUUGGGAGCAAAUGGUGGAGGUGUAAUGAUGAGUAAGGAUUUGGGGAAAACAUGGAUUUCAAUCAACCCAUUCAUGUAUCAAAACACUUUGAAUACGUCGACUGAAAUCAUCACAGCAAGUGUCGUACCAUGGAUUUCAUCAACUGGAUCAAUUGACAAUACACUAUCCGAGUCAUUUUGCAAGAUGCGAGUGGCUGAACAAUGGAAUGUUUGCAUCAACCAAAUCUAUGCCAACCAAAUGCUGUUAGCUAAUUGGACUUACACAUGCCCGAAAAUCAAGCUGUUUUAA